AUGGCUACUGUAAAUCCAUUUGAUCUUUUGGGUGAUGAUGACACUGGGGACGUGAGUCAAUUAAUUGCUGCUCAGCAGCAGAAGUCUCCGGUUUCGGCUCCCGCUUCAGCCGCAACGAAGAAGGCUCCUGCUCAGGCCCAGCCGGCUAAGCCCGCCGCUAAGCUUCCCUCCAAGCCUCUCCCUCCAGCUCAGGCUGUGAGGGAGGCCAGUAAUGGAGGUUCACGUGGAGGAGGUCGUGGUGCUGGGCGUGGUGGUGGUCGUGGACGUGGAUUUAUUCGUGAAUCUACUGAUGAAAAUACAUUUGGAAACAACGAUGGAUAUUCUGGCAGGCAAAGAGUUUCUGAAGAAGGUGAUGAUGGCAAGCUCUCUGAAAGACGUUCAUAUGGUGGACCACGUGGAGGUGGGGGUUUCCGUGGAGGUCGCCGUGGUGGUUUCAGCAAUGGUGACACUGUGGAAGGUGAACGCCCUCGGAGGGCAUUUGAGCGACGCAGUGGGACUGGACGUGGGAAUGAAUUUAAACGUGAGGGUGCUGGUCGAGGAAAUUGGGGAACACCCACAGAUGAGAUUGCGCCGGAAACUGAAGAACCUGUUAAUGAAGGAGAGAAGAAUGUUGAUGCUGAGAAGCAAUUGGGACAAGAAGAUGUUGGAGAUGCCAACAAGGAUACUUCUGCGCCUGAACAACAAGAAAAGGAGGAGCCUGAGGAAAAGGAGAUGACGCUGGAGGAGUAUGAAAAAUUACUAGAAGAGAAGAGAAAGGCUUUGCUGGCAAAUAAAUCUGAGGAAAGGAAGGUUGGCUUGGACAAAGAGUUUGAAUCCAUGCAACUUCUGUCCAAUAAGAAGAAUGAUGAUGAAGUCUUUAUAAAAUUGGGUUCUGACAAGGAUAAACGUAAAGAGGCAGCUGAGAAGGCCAAAAAGUCUGUGAGCAUAAAUGAGUUUUUGAAGCCAGCUGAAGGGGAGUACUACCGACCUGGUGGUCGUGGCAGGGGACGAGGUCGUGGCGGAGGUGGAUAUUCUGGAAACAGUAUGAACAAUGCGCAAGCCCCAUCUAUUGAAGAUGCUGGGCAUUUCCCUUCCUUAGCUGGGAAAUUGAAAAGGAACCAAAUUCCCUUUUUCUUUUUGAGAACUUCCCAACCAUUCAAACACCAAAGCUUUUACUCCUCCAUUUCCACAUCCCAAGACCCUGAUGCUAAUUCAAACCCACAAAAACUUGUAACCAAUUCUUCACCACAUGCGUCAGCACAAAGAUUUGGAAACAGACCUUAUAAUCUGAAUGAGUUUAACUGCAUAGUGUUGUCCAACAAGAAAAUAGCUUCCUACAUUCGAUGUGGAGACUUGGGUUCAGCCAUUAGUGUGUUCGAAAACAUGAAAAUGAGGACUACAGUUACAUGGAAUUCAAUUCUUGCCGGAAUUUCAAAGCAGCCGGGAAAUAUUAAACAGGCCCAGGAGCUGUUUGAUAGAAUUCCUGAACCAGAUACCGUAUCUUACAAUAUUAUGUUGGCUUGUUAUUUGAAUAAUUUAGAUGUUCGAGCAGCUAAGGAUUUCUUUGAUAAAAUUCCGGUUAAAGAUGCUGCGUCGUUAAAUACUAUGAUUUCAGGAUUCUCACAAAACAGGAUGAUGAGUGAGGCAAAUGAAUUGUUCUAUGUAAUGCCAGAGAGAAAUGCUGUGACAUGGAAUGCUAUGAUAUCAGGUUAUGUUGAAGCUGGAGAUUUGCAAUCGGCUUUGAGGUUAUUUAGAAAGGCCCCGGUGAAGAGCGUGAUAGCGUGGACGGUGAUUAUAACUGGAUAUAUGAGGUCUGGGAAGGUUGAAUUGGCAGAAAAGACUUUCCAAGAAAUGCCGGAAAAGAACUUGGUUACAUGGAAUGCAAUGAUUGCAGUGCUCUUGUGGCGAUUACUGGUGAACCUGAAAACGGUGGCUGUGAUCCAUCCGGUGCAACAUACCACAAGUGCAAUUGCACCUGACUAUGCAGUUUGCCCCCCGACAUUGUGA